AUGAAGCUGCUAGUGUUUCUUCUGUUGCCUUGCCUCUCUCUGAGUGAGCUUUCGCCGGGGUUUGGUAAAUGCGAAGAGUUCUUUUUAAAUAAUGCUCCUCCUCAAUUCACACCAGCACUACCGGAUACCAAGGAGAUCUGCCAGUGUGUUUGGGACAACAACGAUGAGCAAAAGUUUCUUUAUGCAACUCUGUACAACACAGACUGGAAGAUCCCCAUCUACUCUGCAUAUGUGUUUAAGAGCAUACCUGUUGAUAGGUGUGAUCCUUGGUACAUCGAACCUCAGCUGGAUGGAGAUGCUGAGCCAUGUAUGGCACCUAGAGGUCACAAAAACAUUACUAAUCAGGCUGUGAAUAGUAACUAUAAAGGCGCUAAUGAGAGUGGCUAUGACAGAGGUCACCUGUACCCAGUUCAGCACACACACGGUCGUCUCUCCAUGCUGGCCACCUCCACCCUGACCAACAUCGCUCCACAGAACGCAAGUUUCAAUCAGCAUCAAUGGAACAAACAUGAGAAGGCUGUUGCUAAAAUUCUGAAAGAGUGUACUGAGGCUUAUGUGGUGACUGGUGUAGUUCCUAAUACCAACAUAAAACUGAAUGCUAGAGUUACUGUCUCAAAGUAUUACUGGAGAGCCACCUGUUGUCUGACGAAGAAAGGUGUGUACACAGGGCAGGGUUACUUUGGACCUGAUGGCGAAAACAAAGUGAAGCUAUUACCAUCAAUUGCAGACCUACAGACACAGCUGGCCAAAGAUUACAAAGUGGGCGUGGCGCCCCUGAGACUAUCAGGGCUGAGAAUUCUGACUUACUGGCUCAUCAUAGCCAAAUCAAAGGAGAAGGUGUCGCUGGACACCGGCCGGGUGCUCGAGCACAUCACAUCCCUCGGGUUCAAGGGUGAGAGAGCACGGCCUGUCUUUCAUUCUGAUAGCACCCAGGUGGCCCAAAGCCCCAUGGCUGGCAGAGAUAAUCCCUCUGUUAUACGCCGAGCCAUGGCGCCUCCCCCCUCGCACGGACAUACUGUCCCAAGCCAACGGGGAGAUUUACCACCCCCACCCGGACAGGGUGGCUCUCUGGGCCUGGCCCGUGAGAGGACGAACCAAAAUGCACUGGGGCUCCCGCCGCGUGUAAUCGCCACUACUCAGAAGGCUAGGGCCGUUUCCACGCGAUCCCUAUAUGGCUGUAAGUGGCAAGUGUUCGAAGGGUGGUAUGAUGGGCGUGGUUUCACAUCUUAUCAGUGCUCGGUGCCUGAUAUUUUGUGUUUCCUGCAAGACCUCAUGGAAAGAGGCAGGUCCUUUUCCACUAUUAAGGUCUACCUGGCUGCGAUUUCAGCCUGUCAUGUGGGUUUUGGGGCUCCACCGUCAGGCAGCACCCUCUAA